AUGUCUUCGGGACAGUCAGGCACGGUACCUGAUACAAACACAAUCCCUCAGCAGAGCGGUGGUGAUACCCAGGUGGAAGUGGACGACUUUGGGUUACCCAUACGACCAAAGAAGGAGGGAAACAAUUCAGAAAACUCCGAUCCUGCCUCGCCAGUAUUUCACGACGCUUCGGAAGCACCAUCUUCCACUGACAAUAUUCCGCCUCAAUCUCAAGACCAUCCAGUGACGACGAGUAACCAUGCCGAAACGAGCCAGGAAACAAACAAGGGGGAGGACGGUACCGAGAGGAUUGAAGCUCAGGCUCCCGCUCCGCUUGCCGGGCUAGGCGUCAUGAUUGAUAGUCAUAGUGGUUCUGAAUCGCAUAAUAAUAAAGACUCUGUGGAAGAAUCACCAGUGCAACGACAAUCGACAGAUGUCAAAGAAGAGAAGCGUACGCACGCGAAACAUGACUCGACAGGUGCUUCCGACUGGUCCCACCAGAAACUCACCGAACAACAUUCGGACGAAGAAAGUGAUGGAGAGGGAGACUGGAAAGCCAUGCCCGCCCUUGGCGAGAUGGACUAUUAUGAUGACUACGGCAGAUUAGUCGCAAAAGGUUCGAAACUAGACGAUGAUGACUACAUGAAGUCUGGAGCCGUCAGUCGCGGCUAUACGCGUGUGCAGUUCGACGACGAUGUUCAUUCUGUAACUAGUAUGGACGAGGAUACGGGCUAUCUUUUCAAGGAAAGUCAUGGAACCUCGGCCGGUAUUGACGACGAUACUCGCGAUCCUCUCAGCCAAUUACAGGCCACAAAGGACCUUCUCAGUGAGAGUCAACGUAUUGCUUAUGUUGGCGUUGUGCGCCUCGCCAUCUACAAAAUGACCAGUGACAUGGAAAAGAUUCCUACAACAAAGGCUUCCAAAAAGGCUUUGCAAGAAGCCGUGGACUCAAUGAAGAAAUGGAGCCAAGGGGUGAUGAUACGUUUGUUCGCCCAUAUGGAUAUUGAUUCCGCAGAGCAAGUCAUGAUUGAACAACUUGCUGAGCAUGGAGUCCAGGCAGCAGAUCUUGUCGAUCCUUUGAUGAAGAAUUCUCGGGUCAAGAACCCAAUGGCGGAAGAAGGGCGCUCAUCACUUGGUACUCCAUCUCCGAACCCACCGAGUCCUGCGAGCGAAAAGCAAAACAACUCUCCGCCAUUGAACUCGCCUCCAGCUUAUGAGGAAACUCAAUCUCCUCCAGCUUACGGUGCGGAAGCCGGCGAAGUGCCGGCGGUCCAGACACCUUCUCAGAUGCCCAAAUCAGCGAAUAUAGAAAUUGACCUCCGAUGGACCGUACUCUGUGACUUAUUUCUUGUUCUUAUUUCGGAAGCAAAUUAUGAUGCCCGCUCGCGCUACCUGCUCGAACAGGUAGGCGAGGCAAUGAAAAUCUCCUGGAUGCAAAUUUGUCGGUUUGAAAAGAAAGUCAUUGAUGCGCUCGAAAUGGAGCAAGCCGCCGAGAAGGAGACUUGGGAUGAAUCGGAGCAUAUGGAGCAGCGACGUAAAAGGGCACUGAAGUCCAAGUACGUGAUAAUGGGCCUGGCUACUGUUGGCGGUGGAUUGGUUAUUGGUCUGUCGGCAGGUUUGCUAGCACCGGUCAUCGGUGCUGGUCUGGCAGCUGGUUUUACGACUAUUGGAAUUUCUGGAACGGGUGCUUUUCUGGGAGGAGCCGGUGGUACAGCAUUGAUUGCUUCUGGUGCGACACUCACGGGUACUUAUUCAGGUCUAAAGGCUUCACAUCGUCGAACGGGUGCCGUUCAAACUUUUGAAUAUCGCCCACUUCACAACAAUCAACGAGUCAAUUUGAUCGUCACUGUUUCCGGAUGGAUGACGGGUAAAGUCGAUGACGUUCGACUGCCUUUCAGUACGGUCGAUCCAAUAAUGGGCGAUCUUUACUCGGUCGUCUGGGAGCCGGAAAUGCUGCAGAGUAUGGGUUCUACCAUUAACAUUCUGGCGACAGAGGCUCUUACUCAAGGUUUACAGCAAGUUCUCGGUAGCACUAUUCUAACAGCGUUAAUGGGAGCUUUACAACUCCCCAUUGUCCUUACCAAACUUGCUUAUCUCAUUGAUAAUCCUUGGAAUGUCUCUUUGGUGCGAGCCAAUGCUGCCGGCCUAAUUCUUGCAGAUUCUAUAAUGAGUCGCAAUCUUGGGAAAAGACCCAUUACACUUCUCGGCUUCUCUCUUGGCUCACGAGUAAUCUUUUCCUGUCUCAAAGAGCUUGCCAAAAAAGGAGCUUACGGCUUGGUUCAGAAUGUUUAUAUGUUCGGUUCGCCAAUUGUGGCCAACAAGGACGAAUAUCUGAAAGUGCGAAGCGUCGUAGUCGGCAGAUUCGUGAAUGGCUAUUCGUCUAACGACUGGAUUCUUGGUUACCUAUUCAGAGCUACCAGCGGAGGUAUCAUGCGUGUGGCAGGUCUUGCUCCUGUUCUCGACGUUCCGGGCAUGGAGAACUUUGACGUUACGGACCUGGUGAGCGGACACAUGAAUUACCGUGCAGCGAUGCCCCGGUUAUUACGUGAAGUUGGCUGGGAGGUGCUAAGCGACGAGUUUGCUGAGAUCGAGGACCCGGAUCCGGAGAAUCAUGCGGAGCGACAGCGAGAGCUCAUUCGUGAGAUUGACGAAGCACGCAGAGAAGCGGAGCAGAAACCAGACAAGAAAAGAUUCGGUCUUUUUAAGAAAUCAACUUUGGCGAAAAAGAAAGGCUGGGAAACUUACGAUCCCGAUCAGCCAGGUCUUGUGCCACACCCCGAUUCGCCAAACUCGUCGUCGGGACGCGAUAGUGUCCUCUUUGAUAUUGACGCCAUCAGAGCAGAACUAGCGUCAGAGCAAAUUGAGGUCAAGCAACUCGAGUCGACUCUGCCUCCGAUCAAGUUAGAUUUGAAUAACAAUAACCCUGAUCGACCUGAAUUACGACCAUCCAAAAGUGAAAAUGACGCUCGUACUUUAUCCGAUAGUCUCCCAUCCACCACAAAGAAUACCCCCGAACUUUCUUACCCUGCACCAGCGAGCAGUGAUUCGAAAGCAAAGCAUGACGAUUCCCCCAAUAAACACGAUUACGAUCCAGAAGAAGAUGUUCAACUGACUUUCGACACGGCAUACCAUAAUACAUCGACGACAAUAACCCCCCUCGGCGCCUCAACCUUCGAUAAUGAAUAUAAUUAUAAUAACAAUAGUAAUAACAGACUCCACGACCAAGACAUCUCCUCGAUGAGUCGGCCGCCACUACAUUCCGCUGCAACAACGCCAGUCGAUUUUGGACACAAUGCUUGGGCCGAAGGUACGAAUCACAACGAGGGUGAGAUUCAUAUGACUUUUGAGUGA